AGUGACAGGUGAGAUUUCGUAUUUACACGAGAACCAAAAAUAAAAACAGGUUUGUUUUUGUCGACAUGUGAUGGAUUGGGCUAUUAGCACUUGAUAUAAACAAAACAUGGAUCGUAUAUCGGAAGACUUGUAACUUAUAGAAGGAAGCGGAACAAAAAAAAUCAACACAAUAGCAACGAAAGAGCUGACCGGUAGAGUGUAUGGUCAUGCUGUCCAUUCUUGACCAGUACAGCCAAGUGAUCAAAUUUUCCGAGCUCCCUGACCCCCGGACGUCAUGGGAGUUACAGCGACUGAUCGGGGAGGGCACGUACGGGGAAAUCCACCAGGCCAUACACAAAGAGUCUGGAGAGGUGGUGGCAAUGAAGGUGUUGGAGUCCAUACAUGAGAUGAUUGAGGAGAUAGAGGAGGAGUACCAGGUCCUCAGGGAUCAGGGGAACCACCCCAACAUCCCACGCUUCCAUGGGAUCUACCUCAAACCCCCCACCAACGGGAUCGAUGCAGAGGUCUGGAUAGCAAUGGAG